GUCUCCCACACAAUCUAACACCUUUCUUUUCUCUUCAGACAAGAACCAAUUACAUGGCUUUUUCCUCUGAAAAACUAACACCCUCGCCUUUUCCUUCCACCGCUGAAACAGCCACUGUCCACCACGGCGGCUGCUCUUCAUCUAUCUCCGCCGUCCAUCCAGACAUUCUCCAAACGCAUAUCCUAACACUUCUCGACGGACCCUCCCUCGCCUCCUCCUCUUGUUCCUCCACGGAACUCAACUCCCUCGCUUCUCAAGAUGAUUUGUGGACCAACAUUUGUCGCUCUACUUGGCCGUCCACCGAGAUGCCGCGGUUGCGCCAAGUCAUUUCUACUUUUCCCAACGGUCCUCGUUCCUUCUUCUCUGCCGCCUUUCCUCUCCUCACCAUCGAUCAAGCUUCCGCUACUUCUCUGGUUACUCCUCAUCGUCCAUCCGAACUGAUCUCUGCCGUCGAUAUUUACCACCGGAAUGAGCUCAUUUUCAGUAGAGUUGUGGAGACAGAGACCGAGUCUGGGUGGUUCCGGUGCUCUCCUUUUAGAAUCGACAUGCUCGACCCCAAGGACACGUGUGCUACGCCUAUACCGCAUCCAGAAACACAGGACGCUUGCCGGGAGCUGGCGGAGGAAUUGACGCUGAGCUGGAUUUUGAUCGACGCUACCGGACGGCGAGCCAUGAACCUCUCAAGCCACAAGCCGGUUUCUGUGCAGAGACACUGGCUGAGCGGUGAGGUACACGCGCGGUUUGUAUUGAUUUUGGCCGGCGAGAAAGGAUCAUCAACGGAGUUUGUACAGUGUGGAAUUGUGUUGACCUGUGGAGGAGGGACAGCGGGUGGAGGAAUGCACGUGAGGGAAGUGAGCGUGCAGGUGGAGGACAUGGAUGGAAUGUUUAUGAACGGGAAGGACAGUUUGGGAAUUUUAAACAGAUCAUUCGAGGGCAAGAAGGGAAUUAAGGGAAGAAGUGAAGAAGAAGGAAGGAGAAGGUAUGAAGGAUUUUUGGAAAUGAAAAGAGAAAGAAAAGAGAGAAAAUUGAGAACUGAAGGCACUUUAGACACCUUAUGUGUGGGUUUUGGUUUCUUGAUUCUCGUCUGUCUUGGCUUUGUUUUCUUGAGAUAAAAUUAAAGCUUCAAUAUAGGAAUAAAAAAGAAUUGUAGUUACAAUAUACUUUAUAAAAUUGAAAAUUUAAAUUA